AUGGCUUCCUACCUUAUCACUGGGACUUCGAGAGGCAUUGGCCUUGCUCUAGUCGGCGAUCUUGUUGCUAAGCCUGCCUCAGAGGUGUCUGUCAUCUUCGCAGCUGCACGUACAGAGACGGAUGCCUUGAAGGCGUUGAUUGCAAAAUCUGCUGGCCGCAUCGAAUUUGUUCCAAUUGAUGUGACGUCCGAGGACAAGGUGAAGAAGGCAGUGGAGCAAGUUGAAACAUCCCUUGGAGACAAGGGCUUGGAUGUUCUUAUCAACAAUGCGGGUGUUAUUGAUUACGCUCCCAAAGGCAUCGAGACCAUGACUGACCUGGACGCGACAUUGAAGAUCAAUGUGACUGGUACUCACCUUGUGACCAGUGCUUUUCUCCCAUUGCUGAGGCGAGGCACCCUAAAGAAGGUCUUUACCAUGUCUACGACCAUGGGCUCUUUUGAGAUGACAUCGAAGUUCCAGGUUGCUCCGACCCCUGCCUAUAAAAUCUCAAAGGCGGCUCUUAACAUGCUCACUGUGCAAUACGCCCUGUCCCUUGAGGGCGAAGGCUUCACUGUUGUUGCCAUCUCCCCCGGAUGGGUGAAGACCGAUCUAGGUAGUGAAUACGCCAAUUUGACUGUCAGUCAAAGUUCCCCUGCCGUGCUGGACAUCGUUUCCAACGUUAGCAAGGCGGACAAUGGGAAGUUCUUGAAUGUCUUGGUUCCUGGUUGGGAGAAUUAUGACGGGCCAGACCCGUAUAACGGAGCUCAGCUACCUUGGUAG